UUUAAUUUUAGUCAAAAGGGGCCUACUUUAUUACUUUUUGUGUAUUAGCCAACCUUCAUGAUGUCUGGAGAUUCAAAUGAAACAAUGUGGAAUAUUGAUAUGGAAGUUAAUCUUUUUCAUGCAAUGCGAGGGCACAAACCAGCAGGAGUAAAUCGACACUUCCAAAUGUUAUCAAUUCAUGAUAGACUUAGCUCAAUGUGUAAAAAGAUUUCUGCUCAAGAUAUUAGGACUCACCUGUCAACCCUUUAUGAUUUGCAAGCACUGAAUGAAUCAGAAAUUUUGCCAUUUCCAAACAAAGAGGGAGAGUUUGAGUUGCAUGAAAAUGAAAUGAAUGAUCAACGUUUUCCAAGAACCCCAUUCUUUGGCUUACCUUCCACAGAAGAUGGCAAAUCAGAAGGUCAGGUGAAGAUAUCUAGUAAGAGUAGCAAGUCAGACCCUAAGCCUUCAAACCAUACCUCUAAAUCAGAAAGCAAACUAGAUUUCAAGCCAAUCAGCCUUACCCCAAAGUCUGAAAACAAACUGGAAUCAAAAUCAGCAAGUCAUACCCCAAAGUCUGAAUUUAAACAUGAUGCUAAGCCUACCAUCUAUACCCCAAAAUCAGAAAGCAAACAAGACUCUAAGCCAGCAGGUCAUACCUCCAAGUCUGAAAAGCAAGAUUCAAAGCCAUCCAGUCAUUCUUCAAAAUCAGAUAUCAAGCAAGAAUCCAGGCCACCUGGCCAUACACCCAAGCCCGAUAAGCAUGAUUCCAAGUCAAGUAGCCACACCCCAAAAUCUGAUAUUAAACAAGAAUUUAAACCCAUCAGCCAUACCCCUAAGUCUGAGAGCAAACAUGAUUCAAAAUCAUCCAGUCACACACCCAAAAGUGAGGUGAAGUCUGAAAGUAAAGCCUCAGCCAGCAAAGCUGAGAAUCGUCUGAAUACGCCAAUACGCUCAGAGACUAAAUCUAACCACAGUUCCAGCAAAACACCUGGUUCUCAUGAACCCUCCCCCAAAAGAACAAAGCGCACAAGGCAUGUGUCCUCUACUAACAGCCCAGCCUCUGAGAACGCCAAGAGGCGCAGGUGAAUCAACCAUAGAUAUAAAAUAAUAGACACAAGAGUAUUUCGUGUAAGGAUUUUAUUGGUGUUUCUGAUCUGUCAAUAUAUACAUACAUGUCUCUUUGUGAUGUCUGAACAAUGUGCAUGUUUAAGAAAUCAAAUUGUUGAUAGUAUUGAGAGGGGAAAAUACAUAAGACAUCAACUAUUGGAAUUUUAAAUGAACAAAAAUAUUUUGUAAAUGUGCACAUCAAUGUAUAUGUACUAUACUUCAAUAAAUACU